AUGGACCGAAAAGUUGAAAGAGAAAAGAGGCAAAAAGGAAAGCAUUUUGAAAGAGGGGUCGACAAGUUUAGCCUAUCAGUAUUAUCAAAGCUGCAACCUUCUGCUGGAUUACAACUGCACUGUCAACGAAUUAAUUCUGCGCACAUAGAACCAACUUUGCUCAACAAUUCGAUAGCGAAUCAUCCUAAGUCUUAUUCAAUCUUCUUUUUAGACUCUUCUUAUUUCACUGAACAUAUCCGAUGCUUCAAUAAUCUAAUGCAGUGCAAAAUUGUUCUACAACUCUGCUCAUUUGAAAGAGUUCCACUUAACGGAUGUGAUGAUAAUACGCAAAACUGGUUGUUGCAGUUACCUCGGGUACCGGAUCUAAUUAUUUCAAGGCUGAAGCGCGAUUAA